UUGCCCAGCCAGCCUCACUGUGACCACACCGGCCGUGCUGGUUGACUGUCUUUAGAGGAGCUUGUCCCAUGCUCUGCUCCCAGGGAGUGGGCUGGAGUAGUGCUGUGAGUCAAGCGGUCUGCAGGCCCAGAGGCCAGCCUGCUCACUGCCAAGGAUUGAGGCCACUGCCCCCUGCCGGCUCUCCUUGCAUGGAUGGCCACCCUGGGCCCCUUUGCCUUGUCCUGCACUGGCACCUGUGUGCUAGGCCUGGGCCUCCACCUUCCCUGUAGUUGGAUCUGCUCUCUUGUCUCUCAGUUCUGUCCCCCUCUGAAGCCCCAGCUGCCUGAGCUGUGCUUGGGGUGGACGCAGCCAUCUCUCAGCCUCCCCGGCAACCCCCUGCCAGGUGUGUGGCCAGCUUUGCCUGCUUCUGCGUCCCCCCACCGUCUGCACCCUCGCUGGCCAGCGCAGAGCUGCGCCGGGGUGGGCUCUGCAUGCAUGUUCUCCUUUAACGAGAUCCUGCAGAAGAAGUUGUCCGGCCACCCCAACAUUGUUCAGUUCUGUUCUGCAGCGUCGAUUGGGAAGGAGGAAUCAGACACUGGGCAGGCCGAGUUCCUGCUGCUCACUGAGCUCUGCAAAGGGCAGCUGGUGGAGUUUCUCAAGAAAACAGAAUCGCGAGGUCCCGUGUCGUGUGACACAGUCCUGAAGAUUUUCUACCAGACGUGCAGAGCUGUGCAGCACAUGCACAAGCAGAAGCCACCAAUCAUCCACAGGGACCUCAAGGUGGAAAACUUGCUGCUGAGCCAUCAGGGAACCAUUAAACUCUGUGACUUCGGCAGUGCCACGACUAUCUCGCACUAUCCCGACUACAGCUGGAGUGCCCAGAAGCGGGCACUGGUGGAGGAGGAGAUCACGAGGAACACAACGCCCAUGUAUAGGACGCCAGAGAUCGUGGACUUGUACUCCAACUUCCCCAUCGGCGAGAAGCAGGACAUCUGGGCCCUGGGCUGCGUCCUGUACUUGCUGUGCUUCCGGCAGCAUCCUUUUGAAGAUGGGGCAAAGCUGCGGAUUGUCAAUGGAAAGUACUCGAUCCCCACAGAUGACACGCGGUACACGGUGUUCCACGGCCUCAUCCGCGCCAUGCUGAGGGUCAACCCCGAGGAACGCCUGUCCAUCGCUCAGGUGGUGCACCAGCUGCAGGAGAUUGCAGCUGCCCGGAACGUGAACCCCAAGGCGCCUAUCACAGAGCUCCUGGAGCAGAAUGGGGGCUACGGGAACGUCGCACUCUCCCCUGUGAGCAGCAGCCAUGGUGGAGCUGUCCACACAGGCCUGGCCCUGGCCGAGUUGGACCAGCCCUAUGGCGGGUUCCUGGACAUCCUGCGAGGGGGGACCGAGCGGCUCUUCACCAACCUCAAGGAUACCUCCUGCAAGGUCAUCCAGUCUGUGGCCAACUACGCCAAGGGCGACCUGGACAUCUCUUACGUGACCUCCCGAGUAGCCGUGAUGUCAUUCCCAGCAGAAGGCGUGGAGUCAGCCUUAAAAAAUAACAUCGAGGACGUGCGGCUCUUCCUGGACUCGAAGCACGCAGGGCACUACACGGUUUACAACCUGUCGCCAAGGACGUAUCGUGCCUCCAAGUUCCACAACCGGGUCUGUGAGUGUGGCUGGGCAGCCAGGCGGGCACCCCUCCUGCAUAACCUCUACAGCAUCUGCAGGGACAUGCACAGCUGGCUCCGCCAGGACCCCAAGAAUGUUUGCGUCGUGCACUGCAUGGAUGGGAGAGCCGCAUCUGCCGUGGUUGUCUGUGCCUUCCUGUGCUUCUGCCGGCUCUUCAGCACCGCUGAGGCUGCUGUGUACAUGUUUAGCAUGAAGCGCUGCCCGCCAGGAAUUUGGCCAUCACAUAAGAGAUACAUUGAGUACGUGUGCGACAUGGUGGCCGAGGAGCCCAUCACGCCCCACCGCAAGCCUGUCCUCCUGCGGGCUGUGACCAUGACGCCCGUGCCACUGUUCAGCAAGCAGAGGAGCGGCUGCCGGCCCUUCUGCGAGGUGUAUGUGGGGGACGAGCGUGUGGCCACCACCUCCCAGGAGUAUGACAAGAUGAAGGAUUUCAAAGUGGAGGAUGGCAGGGCAGUCAUUCCCCUGGGCGUGACUGUGCAGGGGGACGUGCUCGUGGUCAUCUACCAUGCCAGGUCCACGCUGGGUGGACGGCUGCAGGCCAAGAUGGCGUCCAUGAAGAUGUUCCAGAUCCAGUUCCACACUGGCUUUGUGCCUCGGAACGCAACCACUGUCAAGUUUGCGAAGUAUGAUCUGGAUGCCUGCGACAUCCAGGAGAAAUACCCGGAUUUAUUCCAAGUGAGUCUAGACGUGGAGGUGGAACCUCGAGACCGGCCAAGCCAAGAGGCCCCGCCCUGGGAGAGCGCACGCGCCAAGGGCCUGACCCCUAAGGUCCUCUUCUCCAGCCGCGAGGAGCAGCAGGACACACUGUCCAUGUUUGGGAAGCCUGAGCUGCCUCGCCAGCCCGGCUCCACUGCCCGCUAUGACGCUGAGGGGACAUCGCCCGAGGCUGUGCCCACUGAGUCAGACUCCCCGCAGAGCGGCCCAGACGCUGACCACUUCCUGCACACGCUGGACUGGCAGGAGGACAAAGAGCUGGAGCCCGGCGUGGAGGAGGGUGCCUCACCGCCCGGCCCAGCCGUGGACGAGGACGACAGCGAGGCAUCCACCGAGGUGGAGCCUGGGCCCCAUGAGGACCAGGAGGAAGAGGAGGAACCCCGCCAGGUGGCAGGGCCGGAGUCACAGGAUGCGGUUGACCUCCUGGGACUGCAUGAGGAGGCAGGCCCGGAGCCAGCAUCUCCCUCAUCUCCUUCACAAGCCCGCGGGGUCCCCUCCAGCAACGCUGAGCUACUCAGCUCCCUCCUGGGUCCCCCUGAGGCUGCUGUGGAGCAGCCCCCAGACGACCUGCUGGGCGGGGAGGCCCCGCCCCUCAGCACUGCCCCCGACAUCCCUUGUCCCAUCUGGUACUCCCACCCUCCGCCUGUCUCCACAGCUGACCCCUUCGAGCCCCUGCUGCCACUGUCCCAGCCCCAUGCCCAGCCUGACCUCUUCGGCGCCUUCCUCACGGCAGAGCCCAAGGCCGCAGCACCGCCCUUCCCCUCCACACACAGUGCCCCACCCCCAGCCUGCAGCCCCGACUUCCUGCACCUAGGGGACCUACCCACAGAUCCCAGCAGGAUGACCAGCUCCUCCAGCCACCCAGACCUGCUCGGGAGCUGGGACACCUGGACCGAGGCUGCUGUGCCUGGGCCAGCACCCACAGCAACCAAAGAAGGUAGGACCCUGAGCAGGGCCCAGGACCUGGGUCCGCUGGCCCCUCCUGGCCCCCAGCCUGCCCGCACCAAAUCUCAGAGCCUCGACCCAUUUGCUGACCUUGGUGAGCUCAGCUCCGGCCUCCAAGGUGCAUCUGUUGGCUUCUCUGCUGGGGGCUUCCUGCCCAGAACUGGCCCCUCUUCCAAGGGGGCCUGGCAGACAGGUCAGCCACCAGUCCCGGGCCCAUCCAGGCCCCCCCAGGGCAAGGCCCCCUCCAAGGCCAGCACUCAGCCACGGCCCCCCUACACUGGCAGCUUCAGCGUGAUUGGGGGCCGCGAGGAGCGGGGCAUUCGUGCCCCCAGCUUUGCCCAGAAGCCUAGGGUGUCUGAGAGCGAUUUUGAGGACUUGCUGUCCGGCCAGGGCUUUGCCUCCAAGGCUGACAGGAAGGGGCCACGGACCAUGGCUGAGAUGCGGAGGCAGGACCUGGCCCGGGCCUCAGACCCGCUGAAGCUCAAGGUCCUGGACUGGGUUGAGGGCAAGGAGCGGAAUCUGAGGGCGCUGCUGUCCACGCUGCACACGGUGCUGUGGGACGGUGAGAGCCGCUGGACGCCCGUGAGCAUGGCCGAGCUGGUGACGCCCGGCCAGGUGAAGAAGCAGUACAGGCGCGCCGUGCUGGUGGUGCACCCUGACAAGGCCGCCGGGCAGCCGUACGAGCCACUUGCCAGGAUGAUCUUCAUGGAGCUCAACGAUGCCUGGUCCGAGUUUGAGAGUCAGGGCUCCCGGCCGCUCUUCUGAGACCCUGGAGGUCGGAGUAGCUCUGGAAUGAGGCUGGUAGCCCGGCGUGUGGCCACAAGGGAUGCUCCCGGUGCCUGUCUGGCCUGGUCCUGUGCUCGUGGGAGUGCAUGGGGAGCUCGCUGUGCCAGUUCUCCUUCCUGCCCGUGGAGUUGGGGCUGCCCACUGUCCCUGAAUCAUGUCCUGUACAUAAUUAAACUAUUUUCUGAC